AUGACCAACACGUCCAAUACCCCUAAGCCAGUCAUCUUCAUUGGCGCCGCGGACGCGAUAUGUGGCGAAGCCAUCAGGUUCUUUGUCAAAGCAACUGAUGUACACGUUGUGCUUGCAGAUGCUGACGAGGACGCCCUUCGUCGAGUUGCUGCCAAGUUACCCGGUAGAAAUAUCACUACACGAAAGGUCGACAUUUUUAAUCCCAAUGAGCUGCGCAGUACCAUUGCUGGCGCCGCCCUUGUAAUUCAAGGCGCACAACCGUACUAUCGAACUUCAACAGUUGUACUCACUGCGUGCAUCGAUGCAAAGGUGCCUUACUUGGACUAUUCCGACGAUGUCCACAGCACGCAGGAGUCACUUAAUCUACACGAGCGGGCUAAAAAGGAAGGCAUUUCUUGCUAUAUAAACUGUGGUGCAUCCCCUGGAAUGACCAAUCUUUUUGUAGUUGAAAUUCCGCAACAGCUUGAUACCGUUGAUAGUCUCGAUAUUUGCUGGCUCGUCAGCGAGGAGGGAGGGGACUUGGGCAGAGAGGUUCUGGUGCAUCUUAUGCAUAUCACCGGCGGACCUUGCUUGACUUGGGACAACGGAAAGGCAGCGAUUCAUGAGAACUGGAUCGAAACAUCCUAUGCUCCGUUCGUUCAUCCGGAGUCAGUUACAUUGCCUCGUCGACUUCCAAAUGUGAAUCGAAUCCGGACCUCAGGUGCUCUGAAUCCAGCACCAUUUAAUGGUUUUGCACGAGGACUUGGUGCUGCAGUCAACUCCGGUACACUUUCUAUGGAUGUCGCUGUCGAUUUUCUCCAGAACAUGCAGAGAAAAUCGUCCCAAGGAUGGAGCGACAUGUUUGGUGUAAUCAUCGCACAAUUCCGCGGUGGGGACAUCACGCUCAAUGAUUUGUAUCAGCUAGAUAAGCACGGUGUCUCGUCACUGAAACCGUGGAAUCUCGCUCUCUGGGGCAUGAUAGACCAGGUCCGCAAGGGUGAAUGCACAUCGGGCGAGCGAGCACCGCACCGUUCUGGUCUGCUCGUCCGAGGUGUGGGUACUAGAAAUGGACAACCAGCAGUGGUUAUCAGACGAACCCCCACUGAUGAGAAAGACCCGUUCCUAGGAGAAGCAUGGCGACUUCGAUUGGAGCAUGCUUCACGAGGACAGCCUGGUGUAUAUUGUCCUGAGGACUGGGCUGAGCCAGAGGCCUUCUUCACAUCUAUGCAGAAACUCGGCUGCCCACAGGACCAGAUAGUUGAAUCAGUCAACGAGUAG